UGGCUCCGGGUCAGCAGGCCUGGCCUCUGGACUCAGCAGCUAGCGCUCCUAGGGAGGGGGUGGCAAGGGGCUGGUGUGUGUCUCCUGCUGGGACCUGGGCACUUUGAGCAGGCUCCAGGACAGCCCUGCCCCCAUCACCUCUCCCACCCCAGGGCUGCUGUGCAAAGGGGUGGAGACAGGCACCGAGGGAAGGGGGUGUUCCCUCUGGUGCUGGGAUGGGCCACUGUGUGCUGGGAGGAGGGCUCCUCUGCUGUUGAUGUCUCAGCGCUGGCUGGCCACACGGGGACAUGGGCUCCAGUGUGCCGUGGGCACCGCCCACCCACUUGGGGAGGAGGUUCUCUGGGGCUCCCUCUGUGGGCUGGGCUGUGAAUGAGCCUUUCACUCAGGCCCUGGGGGUGGGGGCAGAAGGGGGCCCAGGGCCAACCCAGCACAUGCAGGUGCAGGCAGGGGCAUCUUCCUGGGCUUCCUCGCCGCGUUUCCCAUUUGCCCCGAGCCGGGGUCCCCCCACCAGGCUGACCACCUACAUUCGAACAUGCGGGGCCCGAGCUCAAGAGGUUGCAGGUUAAUGACCCAUCUGGGCUUGGAACCCACGUCCACGUGAUGCUGGUGCUGUGGGAACCCCGAGUUCUCUCUGGAUCCCUGUCCCCCAUGGUAGUCUGACCUCAGGCUCCCUCCCCGGAGCCCCUAGGCAAGGCCUGUGCCCACCCCAGCUCCUCCAGGAACAGAGGGAGGGGUGUCAGGCCCUGUCGGGGCUCUGUGGGCCCCUGGGCUGGUUACUGCCUGGACGAGCCGGCCCGCCACACCUGCUGUGCGCCGGGCUCUGCCAGCCUAACCACGAUGCUGCCCACCCUGGCCCCAGCCUUUGUCAUGGGCUGGAGCCCCCGAGGCACUGGGCUCAGCCCCCAGAGCAGACCUGGGGGGAGACUGGCUGCCAGCCCCCCGGCCUAGGGCUCCAUGAGUGUCACCCCCCCCCCACACACACACACACACCAGCAUCUCCUGAAGGAGACGUCACCAGUUAGGCAAGAAUCAGGGCCUGGGGCUCAAAGCAUGCCCACAUUUGUUGCCUGGCCCAAAGGAACACCCUAUAGGGCCUGCAGGUGGGCUCUCUGCUGCAGGAGGUCCCCUGACCCUCCCGGGUGAUCGUGAGGGUCUCUGAGCCCCUGACACUGCUGGACACUGGGAGCUGGUGGGGAGCCAGGGGCCACCACAGGGCCCACUGCCCCCCAGACCCAGACCUGUUACUCCCUGGGCAAUGUGUGCCUGGGACCCCACAGAACCUUUGAGACCCAGCUUCCCCCACCCUCUGGGGACUGUCCCUGCAGAGGACAGGGGGCAGGGACCCACGAGAGGACAGCGAUUGCUUGUUUCUCUAUUUGUUAGCUCUGGUCUCAGCUUUCUGCGGGUACCCUGCUUCUGGAGAGGAAAGGGAGAGAUUUCCGGUGAUGCUAGGAGGGCAGCCCACCUGGAGGUCAAGGGUCAAAAGCCUGGACAGCAGGUCCCAGCCCUUGAGACUGCGGAGAAGGACAGCACAGUCAGCCAGGCCCUGUCUCUGGGCUCCCCUGUGGGCGCUGCCCCUCGGGUGGACCCCAGUCCCCCAGCCCCAGCUCGCCGUGCCUCCUACAGCUGAGAGGGGAACUUUCCAGUUGGCUGGCAGGUGGCAUGUUCCCGCCUCCUUCGCUGGCCCAGUGUCCACUAUCAGGACGCUGGAGAGCCUGCUCAGGGAGACCCCAGGCCGGAGAGUUGGGGGCAUCAGUCUGGGGCUCAGGGAGAGGAGCCCUGGGACACAGCCUAACGGGACCCGCGCCCUAAACUGUGCUCAGCAUCAAGGUCAAGGUUCCCUGAAGUCUUGGGUCCCUGGGAGCAGCCCCUCAGCCCUGGGCUCUCCUGGUAGCCAGGCUCAGGCCCUCUCCCCUGGGCCCUCCAGGCACUUGGCGUGGGAGCAGAAUUUAGGGAAUCCCUCGGGGCACAGGCAGGGCGUGAGUGGGCUCAGCGGUCCUGGCCGUUCCUCCGGGGCCCUCGCUGACCCUUUCUCCCUGCUGACCUCACCCAGCCCGGCCUGCAGGAGAAUGGGCCCAGUGUGUUCCGUACAGGGCUGUGCCAAGCAGACCCCAACAAAGGGGCCUUUGGCGUGCCUGGCGCUGGAAUGCCAGCCUGUGAGGGGCGAGGGGCGGGCCGCCCCAGUGCCCUCCUCCCCAUGGCCUUGGCCCCACCUCCCUGCCUGCCAGGCAUUGCCUGUGGACCAGUCCCGGCUCCAGGCCCUGCCGUCUCCUGCCUGGCUUGACCCUGUAGCUGGGGCACAGCCUUCCCAGACCCGCCGGAAAGAUGCCCGAAUGCAGCCUGCAGGUCCACGGCUUUCCAGGGCAGCAGAUGCCCUGCUCCUGAUGGCAGCCUCUAGUGCAGCUGCUCAAGUCCACAGACCUGGGCCGGCACAGCCUCCUGUACCUGGAGGAGAUUGGCCACGGCUGGUUCGGGAAGGUGUUCCUGGGGGAGGUGAACUCUGGCAUCAGCAGCUCCCAGGUGGUGGUGAAGGAGCUGAAGGCCAGCGCCAGUGUGCAGGAGCAGAUGCAGUUCCUGGAGGAGGCACAGCCCUACAGGGCCCUGCAGCACAGCAACCUGCUCCAGUGCCUGGCCCAGUGCGCCGAGGUGACGCCCUACCUGCUGGUGAUGGAGUUCUGCCCAAUGGGGGACCUCAAGGGCUACCUGCGGAGCUUCCGGGUGGCAGAGUCCAUGCCACCUGACCCCCUGACCCUGCAGCGCAUGGCCUGCGAGGUGGCCUGCGGCGUCCUGCACUUGCAUCGCAACAACUAUGUGCACAGUGACCUGGCCCUGAGGAACUGCCUCCUCACGGCUGACCUGACGGUGAAGAUUGGCGACUACGGCCUGUCUCAUGGCAAAUACAGAGAGGACUACUUCGUGACUGCUGACCAGCUGUGGGUGCCGCUGCGCUGGAUCGCGCCCGAGCUGGUGGACGAGGUGCACUGCAACCUGCUGGUGGUGGACCAGACCAAGGCCAGCAACGUGUGGUCCCUCGGCGUGACCAUCUGGGAACUCUUUGAGCUGGGCACACAGCCCUACCCCCACCACUCCGACCGGCAGGUACUGGCCUAUGCUGUGCGGGAGCAGCAGCUCAAGCUGCCCAAGCCCCAGCUGCCACUGACGCUGUCGGACCGCUGGUACGAGGUAAUGCAGUUCUGCUGGCUGCAGCCAGAGCAGCGGCCCACGGCGGAGGAGGUGCACCUGCUGCUGUCCUAUCUGUGCGCCAAGGGCGCCACCGAGGCGGAGGAGGAGUUCGAGCGGCGCUGGCGCUCGCUGCGGCCGGGCGGGGGCGGCGCGGGCCCCGGGCCGGGGGCGGCGGGCCUGGCACUGGGGGGCGCUGGCGAACUCGCGGCCGCCUCCUCCUUCCCGCUGCUGGAGCAGUUCGCCGGCGACGGCUUCCACGCGGACGGCGACGACGUGCUGACGGUGACAGAGACGAGCCGCGGCCUCAACUUUGAGUACAAGUGGGAGGCGGGCCGCGGCGCGGAGGCCUUCCCACUGCCCGGAGGCGCGCCAAGCCCUGGGCGCGCCGCGCGCCUGCAGGAGCUCUGCGCCCCCGACGGCGCGCCCCCGGGCGUGGUGCCCGUGCUCAGCGCGCACAGCCCCUCGGUGGGCAGCGAAUACUUCAUCCGCCUGGAGGAGCCUACGCCCGCCGCCGGCCACGAUCUCGACUGUGCCGGCUGCGCCCUCAGCCCCCGCGGCACGACCCCGCACCCUGACCCCGGUGACCACGACUCCGACUCCGACGGCAGCACAGCCACCUCGCUGGCCAUGGAGCCGCUGUUGGGCCACGCGCCGCCCGCCGACGGCCCCUGGGGCCACUGCGACUACUACUCGUGCAGGAGUGGCGCCCGGGACCCGCCCUGCUCCUCGCGCUCGCCCUCCCCCUCCCCCAGGGCCCUCAUGCUGGCGGAGCCUGGGGCGGAGGACACCGACUGGGGCGCAGCCGCCUUCUGCCCGCCUUUCUUUGAGGACCCACUGGGCACGUCCCCUUCGGGGAGCUCCGGGGCCCGGCUUUCCCCGGGUGCGGAGGAGCUGGGGGAAGCAGAGGCCCGAAAGGCCGCCCAGCACAGACACUGGAGUUCCAAUGUAUCGGCCAACAACAACAGCAGCAGCCGAGCAGCCGAGUCCUGGGACCCCGGCUAUGCGAGCAGCUACUCGGACUGCUGCCCUGGCAUGAAGCAGACCCUACAGGCUGUCCCUGAGCUGGUCCAUCCCCUGGCCCCAGAGGACCCCAGAGAGCCUCUCCUUGGGCCAAAGGGGCCCUCCUCUGGCCAGGAGCCGGGCUGUUGCCUUGGCCUCCCCGAUCUGUGUCCUGCUGAAGACCUGGCAUCUGCCACCUGCCUGGUCACAACCCCCUGGACAGAGGCAGCUGUAAGCGGGGGUGACAGCCCCCAGGCAGAGCCCAGGCUUGCAGAGGAGGCUGAGGGCUCCGCUGGACUCCAACUGCCCCUUCCCUCCAUCCCAUCCCCAUCCCGAGAGGGAGCCCUGCUUCCUGCUGAGGAGGCCAGCGCCCCUGCCGCCCUGCCUGCCUCCCCGACACCCGCCGGCAGCCAGUUGACUGCCACGGAGCCAGCCAAGACCCUGGACAGCAGCAGCAGCUCUUUGGAGCUGGAGGCACCAGGCAGUGAGGAUGAGGACACGACCGAGGCCACGUCUGGCAUCUUCACUGACUUGUCCAGCGAUGGCCCGCAGGCUGAGAAGCCAGAAGUGACACCGGCCUUCCGGUCCCUGCAGAAGCAGGUGGGGACCCCUGAUUCCCUGGACUCGCUGGACAUCCCGUCCUCAGCCAGUGAUGGCGGCUGUGAGGUCUUCAGCCCGUCGGCUGUUGGCACCCCUGGUGGGCAGCCCCGAGCCCUAGACAGUGGCUAUGACACAGAAAACUACGAGUCUCCCGAGUUUGUGCUCAAGGAUGCACAUGAGCUGUGCGAGCCUGAGGCCUUCGGGGAGCUGGCCUCAGAAGGUGAGAGCCCUGGGCCUGAGACUCGGCUCUCCACCUCCCUUGGUGGCCUCAGUGAGAAGAACCCCUACCGCGACUCGGCCUACUUCUCUGACCUGGAUCCCGAGCCUGAGCCCUCCUUGGGCCCCGAGGAGAAGCCAGGAGGUGUUCAGGCCCCGGGGCCAGAGCUGGACCUGGAGAGCAUGCAUAGCCCUGGGUUGCAGCCUGCACAGCCCUUCCUUGAGCCUGGGGUGUCCACAGAGGCACAGGGCGCUGGCCCCAGGGAGGUGCCGCCACUGCCGCUGUCUGAGGACUCUUUCCCAGAGCCAAGCGCCUGCCCCACAGGUCCCAGGCAGGAGACUCCCUGGGCCCUAGGCCCAGCCCAGGUGCCACCGGAGCCCAGCUCCGGGCGUUCCAAGAUUUUCUUGCUGACCCCGGUUCCACUGAGCUCAGAAGGCCACCGCGCUGAGCUCCAGGAGGCCCCGGGACUGCUGUCGGGCCUGGCCCUGAAGGAACGGACAGGGGGGCCGAGCGCCCCCAGAGCCCCACUCUGCCUGGCCCUGCCGGGACUCCCCACAGCCCCAGAGGGCCGGUCGGAGGAGGAAGAGGACGACAGCGACGACAGCGACGAGUCGGACGAGGAGCUCCGCUGCUACAGCAUCCAGGAGCCGAGCGAGGAGAGCGAGGAGGAGGUGCCGCCCGUGCCCGUGGUGGUGGCCGAGAGCCAGAGCGCGCGCAAUCUGCGCAGCCUGCUCAAGAUGCCCAGCCUGCUGUCCGAGGCCUUCUGCGAGGACCUGGAGCGCAAGAAGAAAGCCGUAUCCUUCUUCGACGACGUCACUGUCUACCUCUUCGACCAGGAAAGCCCCACCCGGGAGCUCGGGGAGCCGUUCCCUGGAAGCAAGGAGUCGCCCCCCGCGUUUCUAGCGGGCAGCCCCAGCUCCCCCAGCGCCCCAGGCCGGCGGCGACGAGCGGACCGCUCCCCCGACGGCUCCGCGGCGGAAGCUGGCGCAGCGUUCGAAUGGGACGACGGCUUCCCGCUGGCGCCGGCUCCGGAGCCCGCCGCGCCCGCCCCCGCAGCGCCCCGCAAACCGGCCGCGUCCGGCCCCUUCUCGCGCUUCACCGUGUCGCCCGCGCCCGCAUCCCGCUUCUCCAUCACGCAAGUUUCCGACUCGGACGCCGGUUCCGUGGGAGGCCCUGCAGCAGGUGCUGGGGGCAGCUGCAAAGAGGCCUGAGGCCCAGGCAGCUCCCGCUUGGAGGCCAGUGUCGCCAGACCCCCUGAUGGUCCUGCUCCAGGAAGCAGCGAGGAUGGUGAUGGAGAGAGAGUGGGGACCGCAGCCCUGUCGGCGGUCGGCAGCAGCUUCCGGUGCCUCAGUGCCCCACGCAGCGCCCCGGAGCAGGGCGGGAUAAGAGGCCCCGCUCCAGCCAGGACAGUGGAGCCACGGUGCACGCCAGCCCAUGCUGCCCCGGGGGCAGGAUGUGUCCUGGACACUCGGGUUUGCUGCUACCCCUAGGGAUGCCCUACUGCCCGGGACCCGGGCGCUACUCCCCUUGCAGCUGCCCCUCCACCCUGGACGCUGCAGUUGGACUGGUUGGCCUCUGAGGCCAGGGGACCUGCUCUUGGCUGGGGGGCCUUGCACACCCUGCCACCUGGCUCCUGCAUGCGCUGCAGGAUGCUGUGUCCCACCCCACGCAAGAGCAGGCACAAGCCCGCUGGGACGGCCUCUCCCCGCCCCCUUCAUCCCUUCGGCCUGGUUCUGCGUUUGCUCAGUAAUAGAUGAGGACUCUGGGCUCGUGUGCCCCCCCUCCGCCACCCUUACCUCAGAGUCUGUGGCUGUAUUUCCCCUUCACUGACUCGGCUAACCCCGUGAGCGCUCCCUCCCCAAGGGUCUGGGCUGGCUCAUGUACCUGGGUCCCGCUGCUGGAGCCCAGGCAGGUGGGCCAAGCUGGGCAGCCCUGCCGCGGUGGCCCCGUUCUAGAGGUGCCCAUGGCUGGCUGGUGCAGGCAGCUCCCCUCUUCAGGGCACUGCCCAGCCUGGCCCAGCUGCCAAAGGACAGUGGGGGCUGUACCCCCCGGUCACUGUCCGGGGCUCCUGCCGGCAGGGAUGGGGAAGGCUGGAGCUGGGAGGAGGGUGGGGGCGGGGCAGCACAGGGACUAUUUUUGUAACCGAGAAUGGAAAUGGGCUGAUCUUAAGUUAUUGUUGCCAAAGAGAUGUAAAGUUUGUUGUUGCUUUGGGGGUGUGGGUGGGGGACUCAUUUGGGGUUUGUGGUUUUUGUUUUUUAUUAGUUUUAUUAGUUUGAGGCUUAAGAUGCUGGUGCAAUGAUUUUCCUGUUCCUUCUUUCUUUGUUUUUUAAAUCAAGCUAAGGAAAAAAAA